UGGUAAUAAUGACAACAAUAACAGUGGAAAUGAUAGAUCAAACCAACAACAACCAACUAUUCAGGAUUUAGAGAAAGUUUUGGAGAAAACUUGCCAACAGUUAGCCCAAUCCCAAAGCAAAAUCACCCAAUUAGAAACUCAAAUCCUGCAAUUAAAAGAGAAAUACGAAGAGAAAUUUGAGGAGUUAACCCAGAAAGUUGAGGAGUUAACCCAGAAAUUAGAAGAAGUUAAAAAAGAGCCACCUCAAUCAUCUCAACAACAAUCCAGGAUCUUUA